GUGGCUGUGAUUGCCGUGUGGCGGUUUGCUCAAUCAGUUUUCCAGUUGCUCUAAUUAACUCGGGAGUAAUAGCUAUUUAAACCGCGAAAAACGCCGCUACAUUUUUCAUAUCCGUGGUAUAUUAAUCCGUUUUUACUGCGGCUGCAGUCUUGCUUCUUACGUUUUUUAAUCAUUAAUGGUUGAGCGUCCUCUGGAGAAUGUCAGCCUUUCCAACCGGUAUUACAGCUAUCUCCUGUAUUGCUCUCAGCGGAUGGGUGUUAUCAAACGUGGCAGCAGACGGUCCUUUUUGUAGUGGUGAAUCUGGCGAUGAGUCGCCGAUUGAAUACGCGUUUGAAUGUGCUAACUCCUCCACCCCACCGGAGGUGAUAAUCAAAACGAUUACCGAUGAUAAAUAUUUGCGGUGCAAUUGGCCGACGAUUACUCCGGUCAGCAGCGGAUCCUCUGUAAAGCACCACAUCCAUUACGCGUGUUGCCGGAAUCUUCCAAUGAUGUUUCUCCCGACGUCCGCGCAACCCUGCUUACCGGAGAACGAUUGCGAUUCCUGCAAGAACCCAUACAGCCGAGCGAUGUGUCAGUACGAUCUGUUUUCUCUGGGCCGUUUCUGGCCGACUUGUAUUCCCCUUCUGGAUGAAAUAACCAAGCUGGAAGCGAUUGACAUCGCACCCGAUAAGGAGCCACCUUACGAAGGCUGGCGAAUUACCGACCCAGAUUACGGGAAGCGCCCCAAACCUCACAUGUCGGGUCGACCGUACUGCGACGACGGGAAACUGAGCAUGGUCAUCCAUCCCUGCUGCAAUCCGCCUCUCAUGGUGGUUGUCGAUAAGAAGAACUGCCUCCAAAAGGUCACCUGCGGCACCCGUCCAGAAGCAAAUGCGCUGUUUAAGACGACGCGGAACUGGAACGACUGGCCACCGGUCUAUAUCAGUUCUUACAGUUCGUGGAGAGAUACCUCCUGGACGGGGCCGUUCUAUAACGCCUGGGACCGGAUUUCUUCGGAAGACAAAUACGUUCUGAACAAAGCGCUGAACAAGAUAGAUGCUUGUAUGAAUAUAACAGACCAUACCGCACCUGUGGACCAGGUUCAGUGCAGCCGAUGUAAGGCCCAGACGGAAGUGGUGAGACUGUACGAUCAUGGACUUGUCCUCGGCCAGUUGAAAGGUGGAGAAAAUUUCAUAAAGAUCGCUUCGGACUACAAUUUACACUAGUUUUAUUUCAUUUUGAUUUUUGCAAGCAAUCAAGAUAGUUAGUAGCUGAUACUUUUGAUACAUGGUUCUGCCUACGACAAAUCACUGGUGCUCUCAGGGAAAUACUCAUUUUAUCCCAUUUUUAUUUAUAGAGUAAGUACAGCUGCGCUGUGUUGCAUGCUUGUUUAACACGCAAUUAAAUUUUUUACGA